AGAGAACAAGAAAAGCAGAACAGAAGUUGAUUAAGGAACAGUUGUAUCUACAGGAGCUCAACAAACAACGUGAAAUGCUCUACACUCUUGAGCUGGAGCGGGAGAGGAGGAGAUACCAUGGAGUUCUAGUGCGCGCCAUUGAAGCGAGGAAAAGAUACGAGGAGAGAGAAAGACGGAGAGAGGAGAUGAAGGAAGAGAAAAGGGCAACCAGAGAAAGAAAACGCGAGGAGCGCUUGCAGGCGCGGGAGAUCCACCAGCUCAUGAAGGAGGUGAAGGAGGACAUGGAACUAACGGACCACACUGACCUGCCCGAGAUCUCCCGUCUCGAUGGCCUCAGACUGCCCCCAGAGGCAUUCGGAAACAUCCUCAUGGUUUUGAGUUCCUGCACAAUUUCGGGGAAACCUUAG